AUGCUUUCCAGGAGGUUAUUUUUCAUGAUUUUACUCACUUCUCAGGUUAAAGAAAAGGCAGUUCAUGGAGGAGAGGGUCCAGAGCUGGUUUAUCCUAAAAGGCUUCCUGUGGUACAGAAGCGAGAAGUUUGGCACACUCAUCAUGAUGACAUACAGGAAACUUAUGAUGACGAAUUGUUGUAUGAAAUAAGUCUAAGUAAAAAAACCUUAAUAGUUCACCUUUUAAGAUCAAGGGAGUUCCUAGCCUCAAAUUACAGUGAAACCUACUACUCCAGAAAAGGAGAGGAACUCACCAGGCAUCCUCCUAUCUCGGAUCACUGUUUUUACCAAGGAUCCAUCAUACAUGAAUUCGAUUCUGCUGCCAGUAUCAGCACGUGCAAUGGUCUCAGGGGAUUCUUCAGGGUAUCUGACCAAAGGUACCUCAUUGAGCCAGUGAAAUACUCAGAUGAGGGAGAACAUUUGAUAUUCAAAUAUAACCCAAAGAUGCAGUAUGCGUUCAAUUAUUCUUGUAUAGAACCCAAUUUUACCAGGACAGCUGUUCCAAUAAAUACUACUCAAUCCAUGAAAGGCUCCGAAACGGAAAUCACCCAUGCAGAAAAGUAUGUUGAACUGUUUGUUGUUGCUGAUAGUAGCGUGUUUCACAGGAAUAAUUAUCCUCACAGUAAACUGAGGAACCGAAUUUGGGGAAUGGUCAACUUUGUCAACAUGAUCUAUAAAACCUUCGACAUCCAUAUUACAUUGGUUGGCCUUGAAAUAUGGACAAAUGGAGAUAAAAUAAAAGUAGAUUCCGAUAUAGAAACGACUUUAUUGCAUUUUUCAGAGUGGCAACAAACCACCCUUAAAAAAAGGAAGAGCUAUGAUCAUGUUUUGUUACUCAGUGGGAAGUGGCUCUAUACCCAUGCACAAGGGACUUCUUAUCCAGGCGGUAUGUGCCAGCCCUUUCAUUCCUCCAGUGUCGUGAAGGAUCUUUUACCUGACAUGAAUAUAAUUGCAAACAGGAUGGCACACCAGCUGGGGCACAGCCUUGGGAUGCAGCACGACAGCCAGUGUGCCUGCACUUUGGGCAAGUGUGUGAUGGACACAACCGGAAGCAUUCCUGCACUGAAGUUCAGUAAAUGCAACAGAAUCCAGUACAAGCAAUUCCUGAAAGAUUACAGGCCAACAUGCCUGCUUAACGUUCCAUUUUCUGAACCCUCAAGCGAUUCUCCGUUCUGUGGAAACAAGAACUUGGAUGAGGGGGAGGAAUGCGACUGUGGCCCUGUUCAGGAGUGCACGAAUCCUUGCUGCGACGCGGACAGAUGUAUGUUGAAGCCAGGAAGUACUUGUGCAGAAGGAGAAUGCUGUGAAUCUUGUCAGAUGAAAAAAGCAGGGUCCGUGUGCAGAGCAGCGAGAAGUGAGUGCGAUUUCCCUGAAGCGUGUACCGGCCACUCCUCUGGGUGUCCAAAGGACGAAUUCCAAGUAAACGGGUUUCCCUGCCAGAGCGGGAAAGGCUACUGCUUCCUGGGGAGAUGUCCCACCCGGGAUGACCAGUGCUCCGAGCUGUUCGAUCACGGGGCAAAAGACAGUUCUGAUAUCUGCUACCUGAUCAAUGAAAAGGGAAAUAAAUUCGGAUACUGCAAAAACAAGAAAAGCAAACUAAUCCCCUGCGAAGAGAAAAAUGUCAAAUGUGGAAAGAUAUUCUGCACUGGAGGGCAGCACUCAUCUUUCCUUGGGGAAGAAAAGAUCUAUCACCUUAAGGUUCCAAAGCAGAAUGCCACCAUUGACUGCAAAACCUUCUAUUUAUAUCAGAAUUCUAAAGAUUUGGGUCUGGUUGCUCCUGGAACAAAAUGUGGAGAUGAAAUGGUGUGCAAAAAUGGUGAAUGCGUGAAGAUUGAAAAGGCUUACACUUCAACUAAUUGCUCCUCUCAGUGCAAUGAAAAUGCUGUGGAUGGCAGUGAACUUGAGUGCCAGUGUGAGGAAGAAGAGGUACUUGUGAACUGGGAAGAGGCCUUAAACAUUACCAAUAUCUCCAUCCUGGUUGUUGUGCUUGUCCUGGGCAUUAUUGGUGCUGGGGGUAUCAUAUUAUUAAUUCACUACCAAAAAUGUAUUAAACUGAAGAAAGUUCAGAGCCCACCUCGAGACAGACUGGGAGUGGAAAAUAAAGGAUACUUUGGGGAUGAGCUGCAGACUAGGACUGAGCCAAUCUUACCUGAUAUUCAUCCCCUACACAAACCUGCAAGUAGAGACCCAAGAGGACUCGCAGAUUCCAAUCAACGUGCCAAAAUGAGCUUGAAAUUGGAUAUCGAAGAUGGCUGCGAAAGGCUAGGCUGAGGCUUCUGGAUGCAAGAUCUUCACGACCUUUCCUCAUUGUUUGCUGCACAGAUUUUGAUAGUUUCUCAAAUGUUCUAUAUCCAGACAGAAAACGUUGAAGAGAAACAAGUUGUUUCUGUAAUAUUUGCCUGUAGAACUCAUGACCUAUACUGUAGACAUAUGCUACAAAAUUAUUAUAGGUUUUCAAACCCUCUUUAGCUUAAUACAAGUAUAAACAGUCUCCUUGCUUUAGAAUAUCCCUAUAAAAUGUUAGUCUAGUUACUUAAAAAAGAGUCAAAACCUCAAGGAGAAUAAAUUACAACCCUGAAUCUAAGAAGCGAAAAACACUGUUUAUAUAAGGUUAUUUCCUUGGGAGCAUAAAAGUACCUACCUUAAUGUGAACUUGACAUGAUUACCACUAAUUCUGGAUUAAAUGAACUCCUCUCCUGCAGAAAAGCCCAGGAAUUCAGUGCAGGAAGGCAUCGACUCCACUAGCAGGCUGUUUCGCUUAUUUCUGUUCAGUGAAGGAGGCAGAAGUCACCCUAAUUGCAGGAUAGUUCUUACAAUUGUGCUGAUAGCAGUGGAGGUCUUGAAAUGUUUUUGGUUAAUUCUAAAUUCCUAGAAUUUAACUUUAAAUCCCCAAAUCUUUAGAAUUCCUUAGAACCUGACAGAGAAGUCAGAGGGUUACAAAAAUUUCAGAAAAUGAACCCCAGCAGAGAAUAUGAUUCCCAUGAAGGGCUUGUGAGAUCCUUAUAAUUCAUGGCUUUGAUCACUUACUGUGUGAUUUCUGUGCUGCGUCCACUCCUCCCUGUCACUUGAUUGCAGUGUGUGGGGUCAUCCUGGGAAUGAUUUCUGCUCUUUCUGAUACCGACACUUCUCAGUGUGCUCUCUUUUGCUUUCUACUUUCCUUUGGUUAACUGUUUAAGCUGCAUCCAAUUAUUUUUUCAUUCAUUGAA